CCUCCGGCGAGGAAGCGCCGCCGCUGGGCGCCAGCCACGCCAGGGCUGGCAGAGGCGCAGCAGACGGUCCCCGCAGCAGCUGCUGGCCAUGGCCGGGGACAGCGAGCAGAGCCUGCCGGGCCAAGGGCACUCCGGCGGCGGCGGCGGGCCGCCCUUCCUCAUCGGGGUCAGCGGGGGGACCGCCAGCGGCAAGUCAUCCGUCUGUGCCAAAAUCGUCGAACUGCUGGGACAGAAUGAAGUAGACCACCGCCAGAAACAGGUGGUGAUUCUAAGCCAGGACAGCUUCUACCGGGUCCUCACCACGGAGCAGAAAGCCAAAGCCCUCAAGGGUCAAUUCAACUUUGAUCACCCAGAUGCCUUUGACAACGAGCUGAUUGUCCAGACGCUCAGCCAGAUCACAGAAGGGAAGACAGUCCAGAUACCCGUCUAUGACUUUGUCUCCCACUCCCGCAAGGAAGAGGCUGUGACAGUCUACCCUGCGGACGUGGUGCUAUUUGAAGGCAUCCUGGCUUUUUACAGCCAGGAGGUCCGAGACCUGUUCCAGAUGAAACUCUUUGUGGACACAGAUGCAGACACCCGGCUUUCCCGCAGGGUUCUCCGAGACAUCAGCGAGCGGGGCAGGAACCUUGAGCAGAUCUUAACUCAGUAUAUUUCCUUCGUCAAGCCAGCCUUUGAAGAGUUCUGCUUGCCCACCAAGAAGUAUGCUGACGUCAUUAUCCCACGAGGGGUGGACAAUCUUGUGGCCAUCAACCUGAUUGUACAGCAUAUCCAAGAUAUCCUGAAUGGUGGCCUAGGCAAACGCCAGCUCAAUGGGCACGUGAACGGCUGCACCCCUCCACGCAAGCGACAGCUCUCGGAGUCGAGCAGCCGCCCGCACUGAUGUCAGGCCUCUGCAGGGAGGCUGCACGAAGCCGUCCUUCUUAGGAACUGUCUCUUCUUGGCUCAAGCCGUGCACUUAAGACCCCCUUUGCAGGACUCAAUGGCUUUGAUGUGUGGGUAUUUACCGAGGGCCAAAGAGUACCUGCUUUCGACGGCUCUGCUGCAAGCGCCGUGACAAAGGAUUCAGUACAUUUAGAAAGAACACAGGUGAUUUCUAAGUUUUUGUGGCAGCGGCACAGUGUCGUCACAGCCCGGGGCAAAGCCAUGCUGUUGCCAAGGGUCUGGAGGACAGAGGCAAAGGACGAGGGAGGGGGACAACUGAACUGACACUGGGUAUCUAAAGGGCUGGGUCAUUAGCUUCCAAUGAACAUAGCAGCUGGGGAGGAGUGGGGUGGGGUGGGAUGGCAUUUUGCUUCCAGUUAUCAAAAAUGUGGAUCCACUUUUGCCUUUGAGUUCUAGAGAAGGAUGGUUUGGGGGUGGGACGGGACAGGGAGACCAUCAGGUGUAACCUGCUGAAAUCUCAGCUUUGGGCCUUCAAAGAACCCUGCUUUCCCCUUGCUGCCCCUGCAAUAUUGCUGCCUGAAUCUAUGCAGUGGAUUUGCAACCUGUCCAUCCUGACAAGGCUGAGAUGUUCCAGAGUUGCUCCCUGAGCUUGAACUUCGACAGUGUGUGCACACCACAUACCCCAGGCCUUCGGAAGGGUUGCUGAGCCAGCCUCAAGGGCUGAUACUCCGUGGGAGCUCUUGGAUCGGGGCUCCUGCGCAUCCAUUCAAGCGAUGCAGAGUGCAGAUGGGUACCGUUGCCAUCAUGACACGGUAAUUGGGCCCAUGCCACGGGGGAUGGAAAGGGGGACCAAGAGAGCAACAGCAUCUUAUGCCUUGGCUUCCUUGCCCCAUUGCUGAACUUGCCCAGUUACCCAGUCCUGCUUGCCUCUUGCUCUUCGUCAGGCAUUUUCUCUCGGUGAUGCUUUCGGGCCUGUUUAAUACCUAGCCCAGAAAUGAAGCCCUCGAAGCUUUGCGUACACCUUGAUCUAGCUCUGCCUUUGGAUUUGAUGUCACUUGUAUCUAGCUAUACGCAGAGCUGAGAGGAUUGCAAGAUGGCAGCCGUUCCAGGAUGUCCUCCUCAUCCCUCCGUUUUGCGUUGCGCUUGGUUUUAGCUUAAACUCUAUGACAAUAGAAUGAAAUAGAAAGCAACCUCUCCUCCUGGCAAAGUUCCUUCAUUUGCUUGCCUCCUUCCCAUGAUCAGACGUUUUCCUCACUGGCAGCUCGCUCUAAAUGUAUCUCUGGCAACUCUUUCACUUCCAGUUGCAGCCAGUCACAGGAACUGGGGCCCAAGCGAAUACAAGCCAGCGUGUGAGCCAGCUACUGUGCUGCUCAGUCGAGGGCUAGUGAAUAAAGGGGAGGGGGGGGAUCAUGGGAGCAGAGAUCUGUUCUACCUUGAAACCUUUACAGGUUUGUCCAGAAGGCAAAUUGCAGGCGUACAUUUUGGAGGUUUGGAUUGUGGUUGGAGGAGGAGGGGAGAGGGAGUUGAACAGGAGUUGAACCCCCGUCGGCAUCAGGUGCCUGCACGCCUGUAAUAUGCCUUUGGAAGGGAAACGGAGGUCCAAGCAAGGGUGAACCAUGUAACUUGUCCCUUCAGGCAGGACAGGCUGGGACGGGACUCUGCAUGGGGAGAGGGGUUGGUACUCUCCUGGGCUUUGUGCUCUUUCAGUGUUGAUUGUUUUUGUGAUGCGAUGUACCUCCCUGCACCCUCAAUAAAGAUGGAAUGACG